UCUGCCAAUUACGGUGUAUCUGAAUAAUUCUCAUACAUUUUCGUACAUAUUGAAACGGUAUCUCAUAUGUACAUACAUGUAACGAUUAUCUAUAUUGCUUGCUCGUAAAUAAUUACUUGUAUCGAUUGCUCUUAACUGUUAGAAUCAUCAGUCCUCGCUCAACUACACCAAAUGGCCUACGUGUGGAAAUAUCAAUGCGCGAAACGGCCUGCGAUGUGUGAAAGAGGAGAUGCUCAGAUGGAACCAAUUAUCGGCUCUGAGAAGCUGGAUGUUCCACGCAAAGUUUAUCGGCCUUAACAGAGAGAGGACCACCGAGUUCUACAUGUAUCAAGUCCUGUGGAGCAUACCGACACCGGCAUAUCCGGAGCCAUAUGUGACUGUCAGUGUGUUCUUCAGCAUCGCGGCGAGUCGCGUGCAGCCGCCGCACUUUCCAGUCGACGUCACGUAUGUAUUCGAGGGACAGCAGUUUGUGCAUCGGUUGGACGUAGUCUUUAAACCGAAGUGGCUUUACGACAUUCUCGACAUGAAGACUAUGCUGUUCAAAACCUUCAUGUUUUAAAAUAUCUCUCGCUAUUCUUCUGUGAAAAAAAAAGCUAUAUUUUCUCCCUCAAAAUUGUAGAAUCGUAAAACAAUUUUUACUUAUGAUUAAUUGAAUUAAAAGUAAUCAGAAUUUACAUGUGAAUUUAUACAUGGCAAUGAAAAUGCGAUAACAUCUCAAACAUAUAUCCGUGUGUAUCGAAACGCAAGCACGAUUUUGCCACAUCGCACCGUGGAACGGCUGCAACUUUUCAAGGCAGAUUUUUAAACGCCCGCACCGUGCAGAAUGUCGUAAAAGUAAGAGUGUCGGAUUUCCGCGAAUCGGGCACGCGCCGGCCGCAAUCUGGUCCAGCACCGGACGCCGUUUCAUUUCGUUCGGUUAAACAAUACGAGCAGGUGAUACCCCGGCUCCGUAAGAGAGUACGCACCGCGCGCUCUGCCAUUCCCAAUCGUACAUUUACGACCUUUGCAUUAAAUCAUUAACGCCAAUUGUUACAGCAUUGACAGCAUUUCCUUGUCUACAGCUGUAGAAACGAAAGACUGAA